GUCCUUUCAGUUAUCUUGAUGAUGUCCCAUUUAAGAUAGGAGACAAAUUCAAAACCCCAGCAGAGGUUGGAUUACCCAUUGGUUUCAGCCUGUCUGAUUCUUCUAAGCUUGUCAGAGAAGCCCAGUAUGACUUCUCACUGGAAAAGAAAACAAUCAAGUGGGCUGAAGAUAUCAAAAAAAUUGAAACUGCCCAGAGAGAAGCUGAACACAAGGCAGAAGAAGUGCUAGCAAACUCAGAAGCGGCUCCAGAGGACAUCGCCAAAUUGGGGUUCUCAGAGGGACCUUGCCCUAAAGUCAUGCCUCCUCCUAUUAACCCCAUCCUUGCUAGCCUGCAGCACAAUAAUAUUCUUACUCCCACACCAGCCAACAGCAGUGCUGUGAAGCAAAAGGUUCUCAGUCCACCUCAUCCAAAAGCAGACUUCAACCCAGCUGAUUUUGAAUGUGAAGAAGACCCUUUUGACAAACUGGAAUUAAAAACUAUCAAUGAUAAGGAGGAAUUAAAAAAUAUUCUUGAAAUUCACGUUGGUACUACUGGGCCAAUUGUUGCCCAGCUAUUAGAUAAUACUUUGCCCAAAGGAGAGUCCAUGUUGCAAGAUGAGAAAGUUCUGACAUCCAUAGAAAGGGCUACACUGGACUUCAAACCCCUUCACAAACCCAAUGGCUUUAUCACUUUACCGCAGCUGGGAAACUGUGAAAAGAUGUCCUUGUCUACCAAGGUGUCCCUGUCCCCUAUCACUUCAGUGAGCAACAUCAAAUCCCUGUCCUUUCCUAAACUUGACUCUGAUGAGAGUGAUCAAAAAUCAUCAAAGCUCAUGAGCACUUUCCACAACACUACCUGUCUCUGCAAUGGUGCUUUGCUCAGUUCUUUGCAGACCUGCACUGAGAGUAAAGCCAAUGAACUGAAUGGACACCAUCUGGUUGGUCUUUCUGCUCUAAAGGAGGACAGUGGCAUGGAGACAUCAACAUUAUCCUCUUCAUCCAGGCUGCCUUCCCUGGCUGCAUCAACAGUUUGUACAGAAGAAUCAUCUCAAAGCACAGCAACUAUGAUACACCCAGACUACAAGGAAACAGAAAUCCCUACGGUAACGCAUCAAAAUUUCCCCGUGUCUAAAGUGCCCAAUAACACCAACUGCACAAAGCGGUCAGGUGGCCCCGCUCCUGAACUACAGCAGGCCCUCUCUGCUAGCGAGAGGCAAUGUGUAGAGACGGUUGUCAACAUGGGGUAUGCACCUGAGGACGUCCUGAAAGCCAUGAAGAAGAAGGGGCAGAACAUAGACCAAGUUUUGGAUUACCUGUUUGUACAUGGACAGCUUUGUGAGAAGGGCUUUGAUCCACUUCUUGUUGAAGCAGCUUUGGAAAUGCACCAGCGUUCAGAGGAGAAGAUCACAGAGCUUCUCCAACUAAUGAGUCAAUUUAAAGAAAUGGGCUUUGAACUAAAAGACAUUAAGGAGGUCUUAUUAUUACAUAACAAUGACCAACAGAACGCUUUGGAAGAUCUAAUGGCCCGUGCAGGAGCCAGCUGAAAACACAUUCCUGGAUUCUCAUCAUACAGCGGAGCAGGACCAGCCCUGCCACCUUCACAUCCAGGGUGACUUAAUCUCAGCAGGAAGGAGUCUGGCUUUUUGCAUAUGAGGGAGAGCAUCUGCACGAGUCUGCCCAUGUGCAUCCCUCUAGGAUUUCUUUUUCCCCUGAGAGACAACUUUCUUUCUGAAAUUAAAUUUUUAAAGUGUCCUUUCCUAAGUUUCUAUUUUCCAGCUUGGCCACAGAGAGCUUAGACUGCCCAGCCUCUACUGGAAUUGUACAUAGGUAGAGAUGAGGUGGUUUCUCCCAUUCAUUGUGUCACUGGAGUUGAACAGAAGAACAUUAAGUUGGUUCUGAAACUAGGAUGCUUUGGUUCUUUGAAACUGCUUUCAUGGUAUCUGCUUGUACUGAAUUAUUGACUGUGUCAUAGUCCAGAUAACCUGGUUAAAUUUGACCUUUAGUGCAAUGGAGUUUUAUUUUUUGGGGGGAAAAUUAGUCUGCAACUUAGUAAAACACUGAUUCAUAAACUGUCACUAUGCAUAGAGAACCUGUUCAUCUUGGUUUUUUUUUUUACCCAUGCGUCCAACACUUCUUCCAGGCAUGAGUGUUCAAUGUUGAGUGGUGUUUAAGUUCCCUUGAAACAGGUAAGCUGUGAACUCUAUCUGGACUUGCAACUUAUGUUGGUUUUUGAACGUGAAGGCAGAGAGUUGGAGCUCAGUAUUCUUAACCCCCCAGGUUGUAGGAUAUUUAAGGCAAUGCUCUGCUAGGAAAUAAGUUAUCUUUUUGUUUUAAAUAAUACUCGGUGUGAUGCAGGUUUCUUUCAAGCACUUUCUUUAAAAGAGAUAUACUCACUGCAUUAGUUCCAUUUCUCACACUGCUAUAAAAUUACAUAAUAGCAUCUAGUACUAGAAAUCAGGUUUUGGGUUGGUUUUGAUAGUUAAAGUUCUAAAUACUUAAAAUAUCAACAGUCUUGAGGAAUCUUUAAAGUAAUUUGCUAAAUAUUUUGAUUCUGCAGAAGAACAACUAAUAAACCCCUCAAUUUAAGUCCCAGUGUCAUGAUUCCCAUCUUUCAUGCUCUUUGGCUUCAGCAAAUUAUCAACUUGCUGGAUCCUGCCUGCCCAAGUGCUGCCUGCUCCUGUAGGCACAUAUGAACACUGUGUUGGGCAGAACAACCAGAGGUCUCCAGGCAGAUGGCUGUAGUAGUGCAAAAACCAGGCCUAGGGAAUUUGUGUUACAGCGUGGAGCUGGGAGCAUUGAGAACUUAAGAGAGGGGAAAAUGACUUUGCUCAUUGCCUCAGUUUAGGUUUUCCAGUCGGAGGUUUUUAGCUCAUCAGGGCCCCAAAGGAGAUGACAUUCGUCUCUAUUAUGUACUUAACUUUAUAUGACAAAAACAUGUAAUUUGGGUCCAGUGUUAACUCCUGGAAUUGUCUGUGAGGUUCUCAACUACAUUAAUUACCUUUACUUAAAAUAAUGCUGAGAAAAUAUGUACCUGGUAAGUAUGUAGGAGAUGUGGAGAUGAAUGAUGAGUAGGACCAGGACACUGCUUUGCACAUAUCCCAUAGUAUUGAGUUUAACCAGCUUCUAUUAUUGGGGUUGAAAUUAAAACUUGUUCUAAGCAGGACAUUCAACACACAGAGGCCUGUAGGUGCAGGUAAAGCAGUUGCCUAACUUUCCUUCCUAGGUGAGAAAUGUGACAGUUUGAAAUGAGGAAAUGGGGUUCCUGAUUAAUCAGAAAAGGUGGAAAACAAAACUCAAACUGCUUUACUGUCACUGCUGAGAGCAUUCAGUUGUCUUGCUUGUUUCACUUUUCUCACAAUUAUCCAAACAAAUCUGUCUGGUACUAGACAAUCCUAAAGGGGCAAGAAGUCUUGCCGGCGAAGAAAUUACUAUUUAGACCAAACUUCUGAAUAAAAUCAUCUCUUCAGUUGUGUUAAUGUGUUUUAAGUUUUUUCAGUCUCUCCACUACAGUAACUACUGUGCUUAUGGAGACUGUAGUAGAAGUGAGAGCAGAGAGGUGAAGAUGGAAAGUGAUACCUGUAAAAGCUGGUCAUCUCCUUCCAAAGAGACAUAACCCUCUGGGUCUUCCCUGGUGAUGCUGCUCUUGCUUCGCCGGUGAGGUUUCUGGAUUUACAUCUGUAUUGGGUUUGCAUGGCCAGGUUUUGGUAGAAGAGAGGCUAUGGGCGUGGUUUCUGUGAGAAGAUGCCAGAAGCUUCCCCCGUAGAGCCAUAGCCCAUAGAGCCAAUGCCAACUGGCUCCAUUGCUGUCCAAAGCUGAGUCAAUUGGGAAUGGUGGUAGCACUUCUGUGAUAACAUAUUUAGAAAGGGUAAAAAACUGCUGUGGAACAGCAGUGUUAUGGUUUAGCUAAAUUUCUCCAUACCAUCAUGUGGUUUUUGGAGAAGCACAGGGGGACACACUCUGCCCUGGGAGGACAGGGAGGGAGGAGAGUUCCUGCUGGGACAAAUCCCACUAGAACUUAGGAGAAUAAAACUGCUGCCACAAGGGGAGCCUGGUCUCUUUGUCCUGAGCUGUUGCUUGGAGGAGUUUGCUGCCUGCCCACUGCAGCUGCCACAGAGGGACCUGCUUGGCUACUGCUGCCUGCCCACUGUAGUCACUGUGGGGGACCUGCUUCGCUGCCAGCCACUGUGGGGGGCACUUGCUUCGCUGCUGCGGCUCACCUGCUGUAGCUUCUUUGCUACCGUCAGCUGGGGAAGUCCCCUUUGUGUGCAUGGUGAGCUGUUGCUGGGCUUUUUGUCACAACUCUGCCCAGGCUACAUAGGGAUCACGUGACCAUGUCAGGACUGCGUUGUCAUCUUGGCAGCACAGAGUUGAGAGAGUGGUUUUGGGUGACAUUUCCUCUGUUAUUGUUUAGUCAUUGUUUUAUUCUGUUUUGUUCUCCGUUUUUAGUAAAAUUGUUAUUCAUUUUCAUACUCCGCUCAAAUGCCUCAUAAUUUCAAAAUUUUUUGUAAUUUAGGGGGAGGGUUUUCUAUUCCAUCGGAGGUCCCGCCUCCUGGGACACUGUCAAUAAAACCAAGACAAGCAGACAAAAAAGAGUUUAGAAUAUGUGAGAAACACCUCUGCAGACACCAAGGUCAGUAAAGAAGGAGGGGGAGGAGGUCCACUAGGGGCUGGAGUAGAGAUUCCCCUGCAGCCUGUGAAGACCAUGGUGAAGCAGGUUGUCCCUCUGCAGCCACAGUGAAGGAGAUAUCCACCCUGCAGCUUGUGGAAGACCCCAUGCCAGAGCAGGUGGAUGCCCAAAGGAAGCUGUGACCCUGUUGGAAGCCCAUGCUGGAGCUUGCUCCUGGCAGGACCUGUGGCCCUGUGGAGAGGAGUCCAAACUGGAGCAGGUCUUCUGGCAGGACUUUGACCCCAUGGGGGACCCAUGCCAGAGCAGUCUGUUCCUAAAGGACUACUCCCCAUGGAAAGGACUCAUACUGGAGAAGUUUGUAUAGGACUGUCUCCCAUGAGUGGGACCCCAUGCUAGAGCAGGGGAAGAGUGAGGAGGAAGGAGCAGCAGAGAUGACAUGUGAUGAACUGACCACAACCCCCAUCCCCCCCCAUGCUGAUCAGAGGGGAAGAGGUAGAGAAUUUGAAAAUGAAGUUGAGCCUGGGAAGAAGCGUGGAGUGUUUUAAGGGUUGUUUUUAUUUCUCACUAGUCUACUCUGCUUUGAUUGGCAAUAAAUUAAAUAAUUUACUCAAGUCUGUUUUGCCUGUGAUGGUAAUUGCUGAGUGAUCACACUGUCCUUAUCUCUGCCCAUGAACCUUUUGUUGUAUUUUCUCCUGCCCUGUUCAGUUGAAGAGGGGAAAUGAUAGAACAGCUUGGAGGGGAUUAACCUGGUGGCUUAGGGGAGAGGCAGUUCUGAAGAAACAUGUAACAAAUAACACAAAGUGAUGAGACUUGAAUGUUAUUUUGGGCACUGUGCAUCGCUUAGUUACUCUAGUACUGGUGUUCUCUCCUGUCAAGUUAUGAACAAAACUCAGCCUGGAUGUGGGGAGGUCCUGCUGAUAACUGGUGCAUGGCUGGGCUCUGCUCUGCUGCUAGCUGGUGAGAUGAUGACUGCAUCUCCAGUAACACUUGAGGCCUUAGGGCUUUUCCUUAGGUUCUUGGAUCAGAUUGAUUUAUGUACCUGAUUUAUGUACCUGGCACUGCUUUAACUUUAUCAGACAUUGUUUGGCCUUUUUGUGUUAGCUGCUGCCGGAUACUGAGGUCUGGGUGCCUUGGUGGAAAGGCUUGUGAGAAGUGUAGAAGCAGAGCCAAAACUGGUGGCUGUGCUUUGAGCUGCCUGAGCUGCCUCCUGAUGGUUCUGGACAGCAGCAGCUUGGUAAGGAGUCUGACAAUGAAGAGCCAUCAAUCACCCACGUGGCAGCCGAGGGCUCCCAUUCUGCCUGCAUAAGGCUGGAGACCUGGUGGGAUGAGAGGUGCUGCUGUGGUUGUUGACUUGUUUCGGGAGUGACUUCGUUUUUGGGAUCCUACAGUCAGGCAGUGAGAGCAUGCCCCAAGGCUUUCUUCAGUUAGCCCUAUGCCUCCUGCAGCAGCUGGAACACUCCUGGGCAGUGCAGGUCACCAACCCCAGAUCCUUUGUCAUCAGCUUUUCUGCACAGUGUGUGACUAGGGAGACUGCAGACUUCUGACAGGAGUGCAGCAAAAUGUGUUGCAAGGGCCAAAUUGCUGCUGCCACAGGCUGUUCAGGUCAGCUACAUGUGGCUGUGUGAGAAAUAUCUCUAAUUAAACUUUCAAAGACAGACAAAUAAAGUGAAACAAAGAACUUUUAAUUUCAGUGUGCUGGGUGCACUGGCCUGGUGACCAAGUCUGAGCACACUGGGAAUGGGAGGGAAGAGUCCUUUUAAGGUUUCUUGAUUUACAUAACCACUCCUUCGCUCCUCCCAUUGCCAACCCCACUCCUUUUCUUCCUUAAAAGGUGAUAUAGCCCUCUUGAAUUCGAUUGGGUCUCUUAGGACUGGCUUGCACUCUCCUUCAUCAGUCCAUUGGUCGUCUUUCCUGACCUAUAAUAUUGUUUCCCAGUCCUGGUCGCCUGGUUCCUUGGCAGUGAGCCCAGAGUGGUCUCCCUGCCUUACAUGCUUUCUGGCCCACCUUCACACUGUAAUUGUAGGUAACUGUAAGCAGCAACAAGUAACUGUAAGCAGAUCUGUAAGCAGCAACAAACAACUGCAAGCAGCAAUAAGUAACUGCAGUAACUGUAAGCAGCUCACCAGUCCCCGACCACCAAAUGACUCUCCAACUCCCCAAACAAAACAACUUCCAGACAUCUCGAUAUAAGGCAACUUAUGGAAACUCCUGCUUGUAAUAAAAUUACCUUAUUUAUUUCUUACAGCUGGCGGUUGGAGGACAGCUUCUGAAACAUCAGCUAUGUCAGCAGACCAGGUGUGAAGGGGAUCUAGUACUGAUUCCCAACCUCAGUUAAUCUUUUGCAAUCAAACGUUUUUACAGGCAUUUUGGAAACAUUUACUUUAAAACAAAUAUUACCAGACUUGUGUAGUAAAUUGAAUUUUAUUUAAAUUAUGUCAAUUAUUCAAAUAAAAAAUCAAGCAUCUGCCAUGAGCAUUAAUAGUCUUUGUUACACCUGAAUACAAAAAUGAACCAAUUUUAGUUCUAUAUUUAUUUGAUUGUAGAUGGCCAGGCUCUUUUAAUCUCAGACUGCUGUAAUGACAACACUUUCACAUGUGUUCCUCAAGUUGAAAUGAAAAACUUUCAUAUCAAGUGUCAGUAUAAUAGCAAACAGGAAGGGGAUGAUACUUUUAAAAUGCUCAUUUAGCACAUUUUCACACAAGAAUUAAAGUAGCAUCUAGGUAAUAACCUUUUAUAGUUUCAUACUUUUUGUGUGUGUGUGUGUGUGAAUUUACCACACCAACAGUCUGGUAGGAUAAGAUGAAAGUCAGGCUUCCUUGUUUUCUAGCUUGGAGUCUAAUUGCUCCCCAUUGAAAAGCUAAUGACUUUUCUCAGCAAAAAGUGGGACUCUUGUUUUCCUCUGCCCGAGGCAGUGGGGGAAAAUAGAUUUUCCUGUGUAACCUUGCCAGAGGGAAAAGGGGGUGGGGAGGAAAGGGCAGGUUUUGGCUGGGAGAUGCUCAGGUUUCCUGGGUUUUUUACCGUUUUGGUUUUUUUUUUUUGGGGGGGGGAGAGCCACAUGGGGUGCGCUGGAGCGGUUCGAUCUGGUUUUUGGAUUGCUUGCCUAGCUCAGGAGGGUGUGGGGAUCUCUGCCUGCACCUUUUCUUCCCCCUCCCCCCUUCCUGUGUCAUCAGGUCUUUGCAUCUAUCAACAGAAAGGAUUCCAACUGGAGUCAGUCCUCAAAAAGUGAGUCCACUGGAACCAUUGAGGGGAAAAACCGCCCUUCCCCCUUUUCCCCUCCCAUGCCGGCGGUGGCCUGCACCCUCUGAGAGGUGUAUCAGACUGACCCAGCUGCCUUCCGUGCGCAGGUCCCCACAGACACGGCGGACGCUAGAGCCUGACAGCAUCCCCUGCCAGCCGCUAGUGAGUAACUGCAGACGUCUUUUCUCCCGAGGCACAACAGCGCCCCUUGCUGGUUGAAAAGGAGUCACUGCAGCCCAACAGCAUCCCCUGGUGACAGUGAGCGAGCCACUGCAGCCCCUGCCUCCCACUGCGUACCAGUGCCCCCUGCUGGGUGUGGUUAUAACUGCGCUGAAAGGCAUAAAGUACUUCAUUGUUUUCAGCAAAAGUUGUGGUUACAGAAUUGUUGUGUGUUUUGUUUGUUACAUAUAUAUACAUAUAUUUACUGAUGCCUCAGAGCUUUUCGAUGUUUUUAACUUUUGUAGAUUUUAGAAGUAGUUGUGCAGUAAAUGUAGAUUUUAAUGUAACUGUAUUACAUCCCUUACCCUUAAUGUAACACUUUACAGAUACCUAGCCCUAUUAUCCCAUUUCAUAUCAAUCCCUCUAAAAUCCCAUUAGCGUGUUUAGUCUUCUUUUCAAGGUCAUCAAGGACUCUACCCACGCUUGCUGCAAACGCACUGAUGGCUAAAAAGGCCAAUGGAAGAUAGACAAGUCCGGUUGCAAAAGGCACAGUGGAAAGUCUCUGUAGGCGGUAUCGGUAAAACACAAUUCUUUCUGUGUUGUCUUUUCUCCUCAAGAAUGAUUCUAUGUGUGUUCUCAAAAGAAGUAGCAGAAUUAUAAAUAGUGCAUCUCCAUCUCUCCCAACUGGAGGUCAGAGUAAACCAAUGAUGAUGAUCAAUAUGGCCAAGGCUGAGAGAUUGUUUCAGGGAGUCCUUGUAUCUCCUCUUCAGGGCUCCUCUCUUGAGGUAGCCAGUGACAAGUUCGCCAUAGAGCACAAUCUUAGAGAGGAGGUAGUCCUUCAUCCUGGAGACGUGCCCUGCCCAACACAGCUGUGUUCUCAGCAACAUGACCUCAAUCCUCGUAACUGCUGCCUGUUCAAGAACAGACGCAUUAGUCACAUAGUCAGUCCAGUGAAUGUUUAGGAUUGUAUGGAGGCAGCGUUGAUGCAAGUGUUCUGAGUUACAAGUGGUGGCCCAUUCUCUCCCACAUUCCAUGCCACUCAUGACUAUCCACCUUCAGGGCAGAUCUCUGAAUGAAUGACCUCCAUAGAAAUCUCUUUCUUGACUCUAAACAUGGUGUGGACCACAUUGAGGAGACCUGGCAGACUUAGCAACAAGAACAUGCUUUCCUUAACAUCCAAGGGGAAUUCAGAAUUCUCAAAAGCUGUUGUACCAGGCCUGAAGGAGGAAAAGGGAGUGAAAUGCUGGGGAAAAUCAUCCUCCCCCUUCCCCCCACAGGCUGGGUAUGAUUAUUAAUGAAUUCCCAAAGGUAGUGUGAGAAAUAUCUCUUAUUAAAAUUUUGAAGACAACCAAAUAAAGUGAAACAAAGAACUUUAUUUUCAGCAUGCUGGGUGCGGUCAGGUCUGCCUCAUACCAGGACUUGAGAGUACACCUGAGAUGGGAGGGGGCAGUUCUUUUAAGGUCUUUCGAUUUGCAUAACUAUUCCGUCGUCCCUCCCGUGCUCAGCUCUGCUCCUUUUCUUCAUUAAAAAGCAAUAAAACCUUUUUCUUGAGUUCAAUUGGGUCUCUCAGGGUCAGCUCAUACUUCCCUUUUUCAGUCCAUUGGUUGUCUUAACUGAACUGAUUGUUUCCCUGUCCCGACCACAUGGUCCCUUGGCAAUGAACCCUGGCUGGUCUCAUUGUCUUACAGGUUUCCCGAUUCUCCUCUAUACAGCAACAGUAAGCAACAGUAACAGGAUCACAACUAUUAACAGAUCAUGGCUGCAACAGAACUGCAGCCACAGGCAACUGCAGAACACCCCUGGUCACAAAAACUCCUCAUCACGAGGCAACCAUGGAAACCCUGCUUGUAAUAAAACCUUUUCAUUUACUUCUUACAGUAGUGCUCGAGGUAAGGGCAGGAGAGCAACACUGAAUGCACAUCCCAGAUGACCCUCUGUCAUGGGUUCAAGUGGCUGAAUUUUUGGUAAUAGGGAGCCAUAGAGAUGAUUUCAAUUAGAAGCUACUAGAAGCUUUUGCUGUUCUAUGAAAAAGUCAAUGAUAGCCAGCUCCAGGAUGGACUUCCUACUACUAGUCAAUGAUAUUUGCUUCUGUGAUAACAUAUUUAAGAAUACAGGAAGAGAAGCCUGUGUCACAGAAGAAAUUCCAGAUCAGAGGAGAGCAGAGGAGAACAUGAGAUAGCAAUGUAGACUCCAAGGUCAACGUAGCAGGAGGGGGGAGGAAGAGGCCCGAGGAGGCCUCCCUCUCCCCCUCCAGCAGGGAAAAGACUGAAAGCCAAGACCGACCCCUGCCACCUGUGGAAGAUUAUUGGAGUGAGGAGAUCCCCCUGCAGCUCAUGGAGGAGCCUACACUGGAAUAAGUGGAUGCACGAGGGAGCUGAGACUCCAUGGGAGGUCUAAGAUGAAACAGAGUCUUGCUGGAGACCUGUGGUCCAUGGAGAGAGAAACCUAUGCUGGAACAGGUAGGACUUGUGGCCCUGUGGGGAAUCCAUGCUGAUGCAGCUCAUUCGUGACCCAAGGGAGAGCAGAUUAUGGAAGAACUGUGGCCCGAGGGAUAGACCCAUGCCAGAGAGGUCUAUCAAAGACUGUCUCCUGUAGGGAGGGAUCCCACAAGAAAUAGGGGAAGAACUCAAAGCCAUUACUCCCUGUAACUGUGGUGAAUGACCAUGGUGAAGCAAGUCAUCCCCUUGCAGCCCAUGGAAACCAUCAGAAUGCAGAGAGAGACCUCUGCCCCUGAUGGAAAAGUGACCCCCCAGGACAGUAAAUUGAGAAGAGUUCCUAUCUAAGAGAUGGAUUUUAACAGAGGCAGCCACUGACUGUGACUUUUCCCCCCUUUCCUGUCUCCCUGCACUGCUAGGAGAAGGACUGAGAACACAGAGGAAAGGGGAGAGUGGAGAGAAGGUGUUGUGUUUUAAGACUGUUUUAUUCUUUUAUUCUUUAGUUCUUAUUCAGUUAACAAUAAAUUUAUCUUUAGGUUUGUGUAUCAGGGAAUGUUGAUUUUUUUUUUUUAAUCGGUAUUUGGCCCAACCACUUUUGAAAGUUUUGUUCUUUGCCUACCAAGUUCACUGAUAAACUGGAGAUUCAUCCUUGGAGAGAGAGUUUCUAGUAUAAACUGUUUUAAUUGGUGUUCUGUGAUUGGCUCUUUAUCUGUAGAGGACAUUUGAAGGAGAAACUGAAGAGGAGAGGAAGAAGUAAAGCCCCGAGACCCAAAUAGAUAAGACCCCUUGAGUGCGAUAGGGGAAUUCCAAAGUUCUCACGCAUGCGCUGAAGGGGUACACUUAUAUAAUGGGGGGAGGGACUGAAGGUCUCUAGCUGGGCAGUGCUGGCCACACUGGCCCAGGUAGAUGUCACGGGCUAAUUGGAUAAAAAUGCAGGUGUUGGAGAUGGGCUAGAGGAGGAAGAGGAGUUUAACCAGUGGAAGGAGUCAGCGUCUGACAGCAUGGACCAGACAGCAUCAGACAGAUAGACUGAGACCUCCAUUUUAUGUUCAUGUUCUUAUUCAGUUAGGUUGUAAGUUUCCUCCCAUAGGAGAAAGCAGACAGUUUCUGAUUGGGCAGAGCACCAUGAGGGCAGCUGCCCAUUCCAACUGUAUACUUAAAAGUUAUCUGAAAAGUUAUGUAUCCCCCCUUUUUCUCUGUCAAUCCCUGCUAAUUGUCCAAUACCUUAUCCAAGUUUUGCAUACCUUUCCCCUAUUCCAGAACCUUCCAUAUCUGCCCUAUAAAAACCUUCCAUUUUGUAAAAUAAAGCAGAUCAGCUCUGAUCAGCAAUACAGGCUUGCAUAUGCUUGAUGACAUGUUUGCUUGCUUCACCUGUUUGAGCAGUUGCCCAUAUGGCAUGUGAAAAGGUGUCGAUGCUAACAUGAACAAAUUUCAGUCUCCCAAAUUCUGCUACAUGUGUAACAUCCAUUUGCCACAGUUGUAGGACCUGUAACCCCAGAGGGUUAACUCCAAGCCCAAUGCCUAGGCCAUCCCUCUGACAAGCAGGGCAUGAUUGAACAAUAUUCUGAGCAUCUGUAAAAGUUAGUCCAAACUGCCUGACUAACAUCUUUGCUGACUGAUGCAAAAACUCAUGUGACAAAACUGCUUGCUGAAACAGGUUAGCUGGGGGUCCAGCCCUAACUGGAGCCACCAAUUGGUCUGCUCUAUUAUUACCAAUAACUAACCCACCACACUUCUGAUGACUGAGAAUGUGUGUUAUGAAAUAGGGUUGAGUUCUUUGAUUGACCAAAUGUAAAAGUUGUAACAACAAGGAAUGUAACCUGUCAUUUUUAACCGUUUUGAUCGUUGCCCCCUCAAUUCUCAUUACCGUUCCUACCACGUAUAAGGAAUCAGAGACAAUGUUCACCAGUGCAUCCUGCAGAAUUCCUUUCCAUCUCUGAACCGGACAAUCGCUGUUUGCUUUCUCGCCCACCAGCAACCCGCUCAUGCCUGAAUUGUUGCUUGGUGACAGCUCUGUCCCACUCGGCAGGAGUGCCCCUGCAUUCACCAACAGCCCAUCCUCUCCCGCCAGCGAUCCGUUCCUGCCCGCAGACAGUAAAUUCCCCCCUGCAGGCGGAGAACCCCUGCCCGCAAUCAGCAACGAGCCCCCGUCAACCACAGACAGAGAGCCCCCACCGCCCGUAAGCAGUAGCAAGCCCCCACCCGUUGGUAAAGAGCCAACGCUUGUAAGUGGCAGCCCGUUCACGCUCCCUCCUCCCUGCAGCCCACUCCCAUCUCCCCCCUGCUCCUCCCGUGUGAACCAUGGAGGAGGGGGAAGUGGCAGGAAUGUGUUGAGAGGAGUCAGUGUCUGUGUUGGUGCACGGACAGGGAGGCUGGCAGUGACAGAGUGGGAUUGGGAGGGUGGUCCCGUUUCCAGUUCCUCUGUGCAACAAGAGGAACCACCAAGACUUCCACCUCCUUCAGGCACCGUAGCACCUCCCUCAUCUGCAUCUCAUCCUUCGUAGCUUCUGGCCCGUUGUCAGAGUCAGAGUCCGAACUUGGAGACGGAGGGACAUGGGGUGACGGCGAACGUGAUGACAAUGCUGUUCUACACGCUGAAUCGCGAGUUCCUCUCUCCUCCUUUUUGUUCCGCUGACGCAGAGCCGAUCUCCGCAGUGGAGAGCGGUCUUGCAGGGGGAGAACCUUUGCUGGCUUGAGUUGUUUUCACUGGACCGAUGUAACAGUAACACCCUUCCCCUCCGCAUCUUCAGCGGAUGGUUUAGGAGCGGACACUGCCUCCCGUGGGACCAGAGUGUUGGUAACACUCAUCCUCCCAGAAGCACUGGCUGACGAUUUCAAAGGAACCGCCACUUUAACGCUAGCUGGCAGUGGGAUUGGAGGGAUAGCAAAGAGGAACUGCGAAACCAAUCCUGUCCCGCCCUUCUUAUUUUCAGUUUCACCGCCUACUAAUGCAGCAAAGGCUGAAGCAGUAACUUGGCGCUCAGUUUUCAUGGAUUUUAAAGUUUCUACCAGCACCCUCCACAAUGGUCCAUAGUGAGUAAGUUCUUUAGAACCUUUUGUAAAUUCUUCCCACAAUUCCUUACCUAUGUCUUCCCAUUCUGGGAUCUCAAACGCAGAAUUUACCGUGGGAAGAUACCCCUGCUCCCGAGCCCAGCUUAAUAGCCCUUUGAGAGCAGCCAUUUCAUAUGUUACCCCUCUCUUGGAGAGUAUAUGCUGUAGGAGUUUAAUAACUGCCUCUUCCUCCUUGCUCAGAGAGACCCUCAUUCUUACCCAACCGCUCACCUGUAUGGGGUAUCCUUGUCAAUAUGAGCUCAUUUUUCCAGGGUCGGGGCAGCCCUGCUAUCGAUUGGCUUUCCCGCACCCCGUUCCCCGCUGUUGAUCUUCCAUCCGGGUUUUCGGAGGCAAACAGCAGCUGCCGAUCCUGUCCUCCUCCCAAGUUCUCCCUUUGAGUCCUCCGAGGAUGCGGUUUGCUGAAACAUUCCUCCGUCCAGGUCCCACCGACAGGGUCCAUGGAGAAAAACGGUUAAGUAGGAGGUCCCUGUUCGGGCGCCACCUAACAACGGCAGGAGCACGAAUACAUCACAAACAACCAAUAUGAUUAAGCAAUGUAUCCUUUAUUAAACACACAGUGCACAUUUUUAUACAUCUUCCUACCCUUGUGGGUGCAGGAUUAAAGUCUGGGGAUUGGAUAACUCAGCCUGUCCACGAGUUCGUGUCUUAUGCUCAUUGGAUAAGGUCUAGGGUCGAUAUUUUGCACCUGGAUUCCAGCUCCCACCGUAACUUCUCAUAACAUGAAAUAGCUGUUGAUCAUAAACCUAUUCCAUUCUCAUGGGAAGUCUGUUCAAGUUGAUUAUAAACUAAUUCCAUUCUCAUGGGAAGCUAACCUAAGUCCACAGUUGUCAACUAUAAACCAAGUUUUCUUCCCAUGGGAAGCCUGAGGUUUCUUUCACAGAUGGUAAUAUGGGUUGUUUACCAAGUGUCCAUUUUCCUGCAAAUAUUCCACACAGGUUGCCCCCCUGCCAGGCUUGGCAGGGAAAACUACAACUCAGUUGAAAGAACCCGCUGGUCUGGGCUUUCCCUGACCCCCACAAACUGUGAUAUGCAGGUGGCUCGUUCUUGGUGCUCUCAAGCUUCACAUGAAGGACAAUAUUGUCUUUUGGGGGGAUGCCCGCUAUCUUGUGAGCCUGCUGACACUCCAAGGAUGCAACCUCUGCUAUGGGGAAUUCUAGUCAUUCUGGGGUCAGUAAGACAAUCUCAUAAAAUACACCUGGGUGAGUGGGGGUUUCACUGAGGGCUUAGUUCACUCCUCUCCUUUCCUGUCUCUCGGGUUCCCAUUUA